AUGGACGUCCGCCUGUACCCCUCGGCGCCCGCGGUGGGCGCGCGGCCCGGGCCCGAGCCGGCCGGCCUGGCGCACCUGGACUACUACCACUGCGGCAAGUUUGAUGGUGACAGUGCCUACGUGGGGAUGAGUGACAGCAACCCAGAGCUCCUGCCAACCAGCCAGACCUACAGCAGCCAGAACGAGAGCAACGAAGACUAUGAGAUUCCCCCCAUAACACCGCCCAACCUCCCCGAGCCGUCCCUCCUGCACCUGGGAGACCACGACGCUGGCUACCACUCCCUGCGCCACGGCCUGACACCCAACGGUCUGCUCCCUGCCUACUCCUACCAGGCCAUGGACCUCCCCGCCAUCAUGGUGUCCAACAUGCUGGCUCAGGACGGCCACCUGCUGUCAGGCCAGCUGCCCAUGAUCCAGGAGAUGGUCCACUCCGAGGUGGCUGCCUACGACUCGGGCCGGCCAGGGCCCCUGCUGGCCCGCCCGGCCAUGCUGGCCAGCCACAUGAGCGCCCUCAGCCAGUCUCAGCUCAUCUCCCAGAUGGGCAUCCGAGGCGGCAUCGCACACAGCUCCCCGUCCCCGCCAGGAAGCAAGUCGGCCACCCCCUCUCCCUCCAGCUCCACCCAGGAAGAGGAGUCGGAAGUGCAUUUCAAGAUUUCAGGAGAGAAGAGACCGUCAGCCGACCCAGGAAAAAAGGCCAAGAACCCGAAGAAGAAAAAGAAGAAGGACCCCAAUGAGCCUCAAAAGCCCGUGUCAGCCUACGCGCUCUUCUUCAGAGACACUCAGGCAGCCAUCAAGGGGCAGAACCCCAGUGCCACCUUCGGAGAUGUGUCCAAAAUCGUGGCCUCUAUGUGGGACAGCCUGGGAGAGGAGCAGAAGCAGGCCUACAAGAGGAAGACUGAAGCGGCCAAGAAGGAGUACCUGAAAGCUUUGGCAGCCUACAGGGCUAGCCUCGUCUCCAAGAGCCCCCCAGACGGCGAGGCCAAGAGCACCCAGGCGAAUCCACCAGCCAAGAUGCUCCCCCCAAAGCAGCCCAUGUACGCCAUGCCCGGCCUGGCCUCCUUCCUGACGCCCUCCGACCUGCAGGCCUUCCGCAGCGGGGCCUCUCCCGCCAGCCUCGCCCGGACGCUGGGCUCCAAGGCGCUGCUGCCCGGCCUCAGUGCUUCUCCGCCCCCCUCCUUCCCACUCAGCCCCCCACUGCACCAGCAGCUGCCACUGCCCCCACACGCCCAGAGCGCCCUCCUCAGCCCCCCUGUGAGCAUGUCCCCGGCCCCCCAGCCUCCUGUCCUGCCCGCCCCCAUGGCGCUCCAGGUACAGCUGGCCAUGAGCCCCUCGCCUCCUGGGACCCAGGAGUUCCCACACAUAGCUGAGUUCCCCGGUGGCUCUGGCUCCCGCUCUCCUGGCCCAUCCAACCCCACGAGCAGCAGCGGAGACUGGGACAGCAGCUACCCGGGCGCGGAGCGAGGCCUCAGCACCUGCAGCCUGCUCCCCAGGGAUAAAUCGCUCUACCUCACCUAAUCCUGCCGCCCUCCGUCCCCGAGGCUCGCCGGAGGGCACCGCUCAGCACCUGAAGGGCUGUCCACAGGACUUAGGCUGUGGCAGCAAGCGGGGUGACCAGCUGUGACGUGCCAGUGCCCCCCACCCCCACCCUGGGCUCAGUCUCUUCCUCGCCGUCCCAUCAGCCUCUGCGGAGGCUGCCAGCCGCCUACUGCCAGCCCAAAGAACCUGCAGGAACCUUCUGCCCGCUGACUGACCCGCUUGCACCAGGGUCGCUGUGGACCCCGCAACCUGCCCUGUACCCUAUGUCUGGAUGUCUGGCCCCAGCCCGGGCUCACUGAGCUCCCUGACCCCCGGCAAGGUCCUUUAUCAACAGAAACCCACCCACCCCAGAUGUUGGGCCGAGGACCUGGCCGGCCACAGGUGCGCAAAUUUGGUUUCCUGUUAUUCACUGUGAGGAAACAUUCAGACCGUGGGCUUCGUGUAAGUAGCUACUGAGUGUUUUAGACCUGUGCUGAAGGCAUCUGUGAGGUUAUUUUGUGGGGGGAAGACAAGUAGUUUCCUUUAAGGUGAAAAAACAGCGUUUUCUAUGACCCUUAGCACAAUGGUUUUCUUUUUCUUUUCUUCUUUAAAGUUUUAUCUUAAGGGAGACUUAUGCACAAGCAGCGGUCAAGCUGACACUCCGUUUAUCAGCAUAGCGAGAGAAAAGCGGACGAUUUCUAGCCGCCCUCGGAGGCAUUGCUCUUUAUUAUUUCUUAAACCGUGUGUCCAUCUAUUUAAAGAUUGCCAGUGAUGAUUCUGGUUGUUUGGUUGUUUUGUUUUUGUUUUUUGGUCACCUAUUUAUGAAGAAAACAUGAGAACUAAGUUGCAUUUGAUCCUAAUGUGUGCGUGUUUGGGGGUUCGGUUUGGGUUGGGGUUCUUGAAGUUGUUUGCAGCUGUUUUCUGGGCCCUGACACAUGUCUGUCCUGGUGGCCCAGUGCUUCUCUCAGAUCUCUUUAUAAUAA